AUGUCUGGAGAAGAUUACAUGGCCGCAUUGCGGAACAAGAUUCUAGCGGAGGUUGGCACGACGAAGGGUGAGAGUAAGGGGGGAGAUGCAGGGAAGGAUGCUAGACAAGGGUCCCAGGUUGGUGGGAGCAAUGGUGGAGGUAAUAGCUCUAGUAAUUGGGGAAGAAGUAAUAGCACUAGCAGCAGCAGCAGCAGGUUUAAUGACACAAGAAGGGGCAAUUACGGUGGAGAAAAUAGGAAGCAAGAUUCGAGGAGGGGUCCCGUUCCUACAGGUCCCAGUUCGGGCAGACAAAGCCGUUUCCAGUGGAAUAGUGGUGGUAAUAAUAAUAAUAAUACUAGUAGUGGUAGUAGUAAUGGCAGCAGGUUCCAGCCGAACAGGAGACCAGAGAAGAAGCCCGUACACUCGAGGAAUAAUAAUGGUCAAGACGGGUCGAGCGUUCCCCCAUGGAGCAGGCCGAGUGGUGAUAUGAAUGCCAACGGCAAUGUCAACAGCAGUAAUAAUAACAGGAGCCGUUUUGACAGGUCUAGGGGACGUACGUUCCACAGACAGUCUCCAUCACCGGAUCAGGCAUUCGCUGAUGCUAACAGAAGGAGAAACGCUAGCAACAGGGUGACCGCUGUUCAUUCUGAGGAAAGUGUUUUCGCUAAUGUAACAGAUGUGAGGUUCAACAAGAUGGUGAUCAUCUCGCCAAUGACACCAGGGUUUUCAGAGCAUGUGGUGGUGGGUUCGACGAUAAAGAAGUUCGUGGAGAGCCUUGACUAUGAUGUGGGUGCCACGGAGAACAAGGUCGAAAAUGUUAGUGUUGAGAAGAACAGAAUAAUUAUCGAGUUCAACAAGGUGUCGUUGGUUCCCAUUGUGCUUGCGUGUCAGAAGCAUUUGGAGACGAUUCUUUCUAGCCAGUUCAUCUGGCAGCGUCCCAGCAGUUAUAUCGUGGACACCAGCAACAAGGACCCUAUUUUAUCCGAGAAUGUGCACGCGUUGAUGAAAUUGGAGCCCGAGUGCGAGGACGAAAGCAGUACGAGACAGUGGUUGAUAGACGAGAAGAUCGAGUACACUUGGAUCCAUUUUUUAAAGCUGAAGAGCGGUAGUAACGGUGACGGUAACGGUAAUGACGCAGGAAACUGGGUGAAGGCGUUGUUGUACCUUCCAAAAUCCGAGGACCAAGUGAAGCUUCCAAUGACGAUUCGUCCAAACCAUGGGACAAGAAGACAAGACUUUAAGCAAAUCACGUUCGAGAACUUUGCGACGAUUGCCAAGAGCUAUGAGAAGAAACCCAGCAAAGUGGUUUGCAUCUUGAACUGCGUGGACCCCAUGGACUUGAAGAAUGAGAACUUUGUGACGGAGAUCAAGGAAGCGAUGAUGUAUGGGACGCCGAUCCAAAAGUGUGGGGAGGUGGAGUCCGUUCAGGUUCCAUUGCCGAACCCUGAUUUCAGAAACGACAUAAAGCACAUCCAUUCGUCUAUUGGGAAGGUGUUCAUCAAGUUCAAGGAUCUUGUGAGCGCGGAAAGGGCGAUGAUUCUGCUUCCGGGCACGCAGUUCUGCCAGCGCACCAUUUUGUGCACGUACUAUAGCGAGGUCGAUUACGACAUGGGUAUCCUAUGA